CCCUUAGAGAGGGUCAGAGUCCUUUGAGUAGAAGAGAGAAGGUGCGCUGGAGCCAUGAGCUACAUCAUCCGCCCCUGGGCCCUGACCGACCUCAAGGCCAUCAUGCGGCUUAUUAGGGAAUCUGCUUCUUUUCACAAAGCCUUGGACCAGGUGAAAACCACCCCGGAAAUGCUGAGAGAUGAUGGCUUUGGGAAAGAGGCCACCUUUGGGUGCCUGGUGGCCGAGGCACCCCCAGAGCAGACAAGCAAAGAGGGUGACACAAUUGUUGGUUACCAGUUCCAUUAUUUAACCUAUUGUACGUGGGAUGGCCAUAUUCUCUUUGGCGAAGAUCUCUACGUGCGACCAGAUUUCAGAGGCAAAGGCAUCGGCUCCAGUUUGCUGGCCAAAGCUGCCAAGAUUGCCCUGGCAAAGGGCUGCUCCCAGCUCCGGUUCAUUUCAGCCAACUGGAACCAGCCAGCAACGGAUUUCUACACCAGGCUGGGAGCUGUGAAUGUCACAAGUCGAGACAAGUGGAACCUCUGCUGCAUUGACAAGGAGGACCUUCAGAAACUGGUUGAACAAGCGAGAAAAUAGCCGCCUCCCCUUAUUGCUGUGCCCACUCACCCUCUGUGCCCAGGGGCCCCAGGACUUCCCUCUUGCAAGCCCUGGCUGUGGUCCCUCCCAGUUAUCCCUGAAAUACCAGCUCCCAGUUCCACUGGAUCCUGGCACCUCCGAGAUUCCAAGAGGUUGCUCCACCAACUACAGGCUGGAAUUCACCCCAGAGAAGCCUAACACACUCCCUGACCCCUAAUUAAUUCCACCCCAUGAAAGAGACCCUCGUGUCCUGGUGUUGAGACCCUCUGCCCACAAUUCUCUAAAAUGUAGGGCUGUGGGGGUCUAUUUGAAAAUUUCCUUUGACAUGCUGAUUUCACGGUGGGGCCCUCCAUCUCAGUCAGGAAAGAUAAAAAAUAAAUAAAUGGUAUCCAAAUCCGU